AUGUCUCCCAAGGACAGAGCCGGCCUGAUCUCCAGUCACUUGGACUACUCCAAAGCUCACGACGUGCCUCUCAACACUCCCUACUCCAUCGAGCGAGACUCAUCCGUCGACGACUUCAAUCCCAGUCCGUGGGCCGGUCCUGAGCAGAAGCGAGACUUUUCCCACCAAGCCGUGUCGUUGGAGGAAGAAGGAAAGAGAGCAAAACCUGCCGCAGAAGUCAACAUGUCCAAGCAACCGCCGCAUCCCACGCUCCUCAUUCCAGGACCGAUCGAGUUCGACGAUGAAGUCCUCCAGGCGAUGAGCCACUACUCGGAAGGACAUGUCGCCCAACCAUUCGUGAAUGUCUUCGGCGAGGUCUUGACCAUGCUGCGGACGGUCUUCAUGACCAAGGAUCCGUCCAGCCAGCCGUUCGUGACCUCCGGCUCGGGUACACUGGGGUGGGACAUGGUCGCCGCGAAUGUGACAGAGCCCGGCGAUGAGGCAUUGGUGUUGCAUACGGGAUACUUUGCCGAUAGCUUUGCGGACUGUUUCGAGACGUAUGGCGUCAAGGCCACGCAAUUGAAGGCGCCAAUUGGAGACAGGCCACAACUGCCCGAGAUAGAGUCGGCGCUGAAGCAGAAGAAAUACAAGGUCAUUACAAUCACCCACACCGACACUUCGACCGGUGUCCUGUCCGAAGUCAAGCCAUUGGCCGAGCUGGUUCGCAAGGUGUCUCCUGAGACUCUCAUCGUUGUCGACGGUGUGUGCAGUAUUGGGUGCGAGGAGCUCCGUUUCGACGAGUGGGGCGUUGAUGUCGCUCUCACCGCAUCCCAAAAGGCGCUCGGCUGUCCGGCUGGGCUGUCCGUGGUGAUGGCGUCCGGUCGUGCCAUUGAAGCGUUCCGAGCACGCAAGACUCCUCCAACUUCGUACUUUGGAUCCUGGAAGAACUGGCUGCCCAUCAUGCAAAAUUAUGAAGCCAAGAAGCCAUCUUACUUCGCAACACCCCCACCGCAGCUCAUCCACGCUCUGCACGUUUCCUUGAAGCAAAUCACUGCAAAGCCGAUGGAAGAUCGGUUCGCCAAGCACAGGGAAGUCAGCUUGAAGGUCAAGAAGGCCGUUGCGGAAUUGGGUCUCAAGCAGCUCGCCUCGAAACCGGAGAACCAGGCAAACGGGAUGACGGCCAUUUGGUUACCAGAGGGCAUGUCGCCGCCAGAGGUGCUUCCUAACUUGCUCAAGAAGGGCGUCAUCUUCGCCGGUGGUCUCCAUAAAGAGAUUGCCGCCAAGUACGUCCGAUUCGGCCAUAUGGGUGUGUCUGUUACCGAUCCGGCUCGUGGUGAUAUCGACAAGGCGUUGGCUGCGCUGAAGGAGGGCAUUGAGGAGGCGAAGGCUGCGAAGAAAUAA